AUGCAAGAGGUUAGCAAUAGAGAGUUUGGAUUGCUGGAUGAGACUAGUUGGGAAAGGAACCUUUCACAGGAUAUUCAAAAGAGUCCUUCACAGGAAUACAGGAAAGGAACCCUUCACAGGAUAUUCAUAGGAAACCUUAUGUUGCCUAUGAUCAUGUCUGAGUGCAUGACUAGGAGGUCCAACAAGGACAACCUAGUUGAACAUCCAGAGAUAGACAAGCUCGAGAAGCAACUUAGGAAGCAAAAAGCCCAAGAGAUGGCCGACGAAGCAGCUCGCGCUCACGCCGCUGAAGUGGCGCGCGCUCAAUGA